AUGGAACGGCAGGAUGAAACCAUUAAGAUAAUUUCGGAUCUUGUUCAAUCUGUGAACUCACAAAUUGGCACUUCAUCGAAUCAUAUAGCGACACUAGAAGGAUUGACUAAAAAGCUAAUACCUAAUGAGACAAAAGAGGUGGAGGUUCCAAAGAAACAGAAGGUAAAACGGGAGUGGUCACUAGAGGAAGAAGAGGAAUACAUAAUACGGGUGUUGGAGCAGCAACGGCUAGAACGGGUAAUGGAUUUGCAAAAUCAUGAGUAUUUGAAUGAGAAGCUAAUGGAACUAAUCGAUCUGAACGAAGAUAUAAUGCAAAGCGUCAAAGAAUAUCUCGAAAGGAAGGAAACGACAAGAAAUGAUGAGAGAAAGUUUGCUGAAUCAAGAAUUAAGCAUUUCACCGAUAAUUUGGUUGAACCAACUGUAGGCAUUCUUGAAUCAAACCUACUUCAAUUGAAUGACGGUAUAGAGAAAGUCGAGCAAAUGUUAAACGGAUCGGUAGAAUAUUUACAAAAUAGUGAACUGAAGAUGUCGCCUGAGUACCAGGAACAGGUUAAUGCAUUAAUUCAAGUUAUAAACAGGGCAUUUAAUAUAUAA